AUGGCGCAGGAGAUGUGUGACCUUAAAUUUAAUGGUAUUCGGAACUUAGUAUACCAGAAUGGUUCAAAGGCAUCUACUUGUGUGCUAUACUAUGUUACAUCUACUGCAGCUGCCCUUAAACAAGUAUGCCAUCUGCAAUGUCACCGGGGUAGAGUUUCUUCAAUCUGUUCUGACUCCAGCGCACCAACGGAUUCAGUUUCAUUGAGCGCUGAACCAUUGGUCCCAAUUGAACCACUCCUCUUGGAGUGUGACAAGGUCUCCAGUUGCAGGCUCUCCCUUAAUCCCUCCGAAACCUCAGACAUUGUGGGUUUCGAAUGGGGUCACAAGUAUGAUUUGUACAUAGGUUUGGAUUGUUGUCAACCCUAG